AUGUCGAAGAGUUAUUUACCAGAAAAUAUUCGAGUAGAAGAACAAGCUUUUGGUAGAACAGCUAGAAAUGGAGCACAAGGUACUGUACACUUUAUUUUAUUAGUAGAUAAAUCUAUAUAUGAAGAAAUGUAUGAUUUAAAUCAAUAUACAAAUGAACAAAAAUGGAUUAAAUUAGAAAAUUUAGCAGAGAUUAUUAUUGAAGAAGAGCUUUUUGAAAAAUUUAAUGAAUUUAAGAAAAAAAUUGCUGAAGAAAUUUUCAAAUCAUUAUUUAGUAAUAGAUUAGAAAAAUUUUGUGAGAAAUUCGUUGAAGAUUUUGAAAAUAUUUUAAAAAAUCAUUUAUCUACUAAUAAAAUAAAGUGUACAGUACCUUGUGCUCCAUUUCUAGCUGUUCUACCAAAAGCUUGUUCUUCUACUCGAAUAUUUUCUGNAACUCAUCUUUAUGGAUUAACAGGAACAUUAGGAUCAGAAAAUUCUCAAAGUUUUCUAUCUGAUUUAUAUCAUGUAAAAUUCGCUGAUUUACCUACAUCAAAAAAGAAACGUUAUAUUCAACUUUCUAGUAAAGUAGCAUUUGAAUAUAGUGAUUGGCUUGAUUUAAUUGCUAAAGAAAGUAUUGAAAUAGGAAAGAAACGACCUGUUUUAAUUAUUUGUGAAAAUGUUGAAGCAACAGAAAAUAUUUGGAAUGAACUUAUUCGAAACGGAGUUCCACCGCAUACGAUAGAAAAAUAUCGAAGAGAUGGUGACAAUAUUGAAGAACGAUUUCGAAAAACACCGGCAACGAUAGGUGAUAUUAUUAUAGCAACAAAUAAAGGUGGACGAGGAACAGAUAUUCAUGUAAAUCCAGAAGUUAAUGAACAAGGAGGAUUACAUGUAAUUUUAAGUUAUCUACCAGGAAAUGUUCGAGUAGAAGAACAAGCUUUUGGACGUACAGCAAGAAACGGAGCAGUUGGCACUGGACAAUUUAUUUUGCAAGUAGAUAAAUCCGUCUAUGAACAUAUGUAUGAACUUGAUCAGUAUCCGACUGAUAAACGAAAAUUGAAAGUAGAAGAAUUAGCAGAUGUCAUUUUAGAAAGAGAAAAAAUCAAUCGAGAUAAUAAAGAAGCAGCUAGAUUAUCGGAAUUAAAACAAACAAGUAUACUUCGUCUUGAAGUUGAAGAAGAACUUUUUGAAAAAUUUAAUAAAUUUAAGAACAAGACGUCAGAAACUUUAUUUCAACCGUUGCUCGAUAGAGAAUUAGAAAAAUCAAAAAACAAACUUCUUCAAACCUGCACCACUAUGCAAAACGAAGAAGCCAAAAAUUUAAUUGAAGAAAAAUUUAAAAAGUCAAGAGAAAAAAUUCUUGAGGCUUUAGAAAAUAUUUUAAAAGAUCGUUGGGCAUUUUGGUUAGAUGAAGCAAAAGAAAAAAUCGAUGCUAUUAAAACUUCUCAACAAAAAAAUAAUUUAUUAAAUGAAUUUGAUAAAACAUUUAUUACAACUAUUACGGAUCUUUUAAAAAAUUCUAGUUUUGAGGAUUUAGUAAUCAAAUUUAUUGAAAAACCAGAAGAAGCAAUACAAUUAGGAAAAACUUUUCUUUCCGAAAAGGAAUUUUCAAUGGGUAAAAAAUGUUUUGAAAAGGCCAUUGCAUGUGGUGAUGUUUCAGGAUUUUCGCAUAUUGGAUUAACAUUUUCUAUUAUUAGUUUGAAGGAGAAUCAGGACAAUAUUAAAAAACAAUCAAGAAAAGAGUUAAAGAAAGCAUUACGUCUUUUAGAAUCUAUGAAACAAAAUUUGAUGGCAAAUCUUAAAAUAGCAGAAUUUCUUCCUCAAUCAGCUACCGAUGAUGUCAUUAAAAAAGUAUCUUCAAAAGAUAAUUUCUAUGAAGAUCAAAUACGAGGUAAACUAGAAGUGAUUGGAUUACAAUUACAUUAUUUAAAAAAAGCUGUUGGAGAAACAGUUGAACCUUAUGAUUUCAUUUUACAUGCAAAAGAUGAUGAAAAGUUUACAACAGAAAAUAUGAAAAAAGGAGAAGAACUGUAUAAUCUUUUAGUUAAGGCUAAAAUAAUUCACGGAGAUCGAAUAAGAAAAACAUUUAAGAGAAAUUCGGAACAAAUGGAUAAAAUUAUUCGAGAUAAUCUUGAUCCUUCUAUUGCUGAUCCAUCAAUUAAUCUAUUAAAGAGUAAAGAUGAGUUUACAAAGAAAGACUUUGAAGAUAUUGUUUGUUAUAAAGAACAAUUAUGGGAUGUUUUAAAUGUUCAAAAUGUUGAAGAUGUUUUCAUACUAAACAUAGAAAAAGUAAGACGAGGAUUACCAAAUAAAUAUGAAAAUGCUUGGAAAGAUUUGGCAGAUAAUAUAGAUCCUAGUCAAGUUGACAAAAUAUUAAGUGAAAUUUUAGAAAAUACCGAGUUUAAAAAUGGUAUAGAAUUAAUUCAAACAAAAAUAUUCUCUUUACAAGGAGAUAUUCGUUCAUAUAAAGGUAAUUUAAAAGCUAAUUUAAAAGACUUUCUUGAUCUUCCAAAUCAAGAAAUUGUUCCAAAUGAACUGACAUUUUUUGAAGGAAUAGGUUUAAAUAAAUUUUUAAUCAUCGAAGAAGAUAAACCUUGGUGGGAUUGGAAUGCCUUCGCCGUUGCAAUGAUUGGACUUGCUCAAGUCAUUGCAGGCGCAGUUUUAAUCUCCUUUGGUCUUGUUAAUAUCGGUGGUGCUUUAUUGAAUGAAGGUAUUUCCGAUAUGAUUUAUGCCACUAUGGCAGGUCUAUCAGGAAAUUUUAGUUGGAAAGAUUGGGCAAUACAGAAAUCAAUUAGUUUAAGUCUUUCGAUCAUGACUGCUGGAUUUGGAAGAUUAGCAUCUGCAGGCAACACUGUCGCGAAAUUAGGAUCCGUAUCUCGAGCAGCAAUGAUUACGAAAUUAGUUGGAAAAGCAGCAACGCAAUUUGCAACUACAUGUUUAACAAAUUUUCUAACAGAAAAAAUUAUGGAACAAAUUCAAGAAGGUGUUAUACAAAAAAUAGUUAGUAGUAUCGAAAAAAAAUUUUUACAAGGAAUACUUAAUUCAAUAAAGAACAAAGUCGAAAGUCUUUAUGCUAAUAGCAAAAAUGAACAAGAAUUUGAAAGUUCAUUUCAAACAAUGAAAGCAAAUACUCAAGGAACAUUAGGCAAAAAUUUUCUAUUACCACAACAGUUUGAUGCUAUUCGAGUACAACUUAUAUCUUCUUUACAAAAUAGUUAUCAGGUACUUACUGAAGGUUUAAAGAAAUCGAAUUCAAAAUAUGCUAAAUUAGCUUCGAAUGCUAUUCAAGCAACAUUUAUGAUUAAUCAAUUAUGGAGUAUAGUUGAACCUGUUUUACAGCUUCAGCAUGCCUACCAUGCGUUCAUAAGUAUUAUUGAAGGUGCCGUAGAAAACAAAAAUAAUAAUAAUAAUACAAAACCUAUCAAUGAUAAACUUGUUAAAGCAAGAGUUGAACAAUUAAAUGGUAUUAUUAAAGGAUAUAUAUCAAUAGAAUUAACAAAAAAAUUAGAUACUACAUUAAGACAAAUCAUUAGUGGAACAUUAAGAAAGGUUGGCAAAGCAAUUGCACAAACUGCAAAAGAUAUGAUUAAUUCAGAGUUUAAUGGAAAAAACCCAGUUGAUGUAUUCAAACAGUCGAACCAAAAUGGAAGUCAAGUUUCAGUUGAUCAACCUUUAGAUAAACAAAAUCCCAAGAAGGAACAAGAAGAACAGGCAAAAAGAGAAGAUCUACAAAAUAAUAUUAAGAAUCCUAAAAGUUUGUCAGAAUAUUAUUCAGAAGAAAUUAAAGAUAAAGAUAGAGCCUUAGGCCUGGCGGACAUCAAAAUGUUAGCAGAUAGUAAAGCAAGAAAUAUAACUGUUUAUAAUGUAGAUACUGGAGAAAAAGAAGUAAUACGACCCUCGGGACUAAGAAAGAUACUUGCAUUUUUUAAACAAUCAGCAAAAAUCAAUUAUAAAGCAGAUGAAAAUGGAGACAUCGGACAUUAUUUUACUGGUAGAGGUACAGAAACAUACAGACAGAUCAAUGGACAUAACAAUUGUUUGAUAAUAGCUUAUCAUGAAUCACUUGGACGAACAGUAAAUGAAAGUAUGAUACAAAAGGAGCGAGAUGAUUUAUGUCGAAAUAUUAGUCUAGACCCAGAAAAAUUCAAAAGAUAUAGGGAAAACAUAAUUAGGAGUGGACGUAAUCCAAUGAUAGGAGGUUCUCCCCAAAAUCCUGGUUGGAACAAUCGUAUGUUCUCUAAUAUUCACAUGAAAGCUGGUCAUAAUUUAGACGAGCAAUCAGCUUUUGUUCAAAAAGAAGUACGCCGCAUUCUUGAAAACGCUGAUCGCGAUAUUGACAAAGGUGAUUUUAAGAAGAAAAUAGAGAACACUGUAUUGGAAAGAGAUGGUCAGGAAAGCAAAAAUUUUAAGAGAAAAAUUGACUCAGAAUAUAAAUAUCCAGGCAGUCACCAAUUAACAGGACCACUUACAGGUCAUGGAACAUUUGAUAUUCACCAUGACCAUUCAAUGAAAGGAGGAAAUACUCCAGGUUCCACUCGAUUAAUUUACCGAUAUGAAGGGAAAAAUAAACGUUGCAAACUAGUUAUUAUUGGAAUUGUUGAUGAUCAUGGCGAUAAUGUUAAACCAAAAGAACAUAUUAAGCCUGGAGAACGAGAUGAGUACUUCUAUAUGAAUGAUUUUGGCGUCAAAAAGGAGAAUACAUAUGGACACGGAGACAAAAAUAGAAAGAAGAAUUAA